UAGAAAAGAAAAGAACGGCUCCUUCUAUGAUAGCGAGACCCGCACUGUUUCUAUUCACUGUUCAGAUUAGAAAUAGAAAAUUGAAAUUACUGCGAAUAACUGCAGUUAAUGCUGAUAAAACCAAAACCUAACCACAAUUCAUAACUGCAACUAAGAGUUUGUCAGCAGCAAACGCCUCCACUGAUUCAUUUAUUCGUUCAUUCCUUGUAUUUAUUUCUAUAGUUUAUGAUUUUCACCCCAUUCACACAGAACCUCCUCUCUUCAAAACUAUUCCUUCGUCAUCGGUUUCUCUUUCCCAUUCCACCUCAAUAGUCGUUUAUAUUUAAGGAUCUUCCGUGCUGCUUUUCUUUUGCGCUCUGAAUCAAAUUGUUUGACUGCAUAUAUUGCUGGUAAUAUAUUAACCAUCACAAGCUACACAACUUAGAGUAAACUAGUUUCAAUACUAGUAAAAAUGUUGGGAGGCAACAGUGGGAAUCCUAUUCUUCCAGUUUUUCUGGAUGAGAGUCGAUUUCAGUAUCAGAGUAAUGCAUCAAAUCAGCUGCAGUUAUUUGGAAAUUCAGUUGGCUGUAACAUUGGUCCGGUAAAUUAUUUUGGAAAUGAGCAUAUCACUCCUAUGCUUAGGCCCAAUAAACGAGGCAGGGAAACGGAAGACUUCUCAAGGCAGCAAAAGCUGCACAUCUCGUUAAAUUCAAACAUCUGCCUAGAUGAAGCUGAUCGUUCUGCAAGUAUUCCUAAGCCAAACCUUGUAUCAACAGGGUUAAGGUUAUCAUAUGAUGAUGAUGAACAUAACUCAUCUGUAACUUCUGCAAGUGGUAAUUUGAAUACUGCACCACCAAUUAUCUUGUCUCUUGGUGACAAUGUUAGGACUGAACUUGAUCGUCAAAAAGAAGAAAUUGAUCAAUAUAUCAAAAUGCAGGAAGAACACUUGGCAAGGGGGCUUAGGGAGUUGAAGCAGAGACAGAUGGCUUCAUUCCUUUCGGCUGUAGAGAGAGGUCUGGCUAAGAAAUUCCGAGAGAAAGAAGUAGAGAUACAAAACAUGCAUCGUAAGAACAGAGAACUGAUUGAGAGAAUAAAGCAGGUGGCAUCAGAAGCCCAGAAUUGGCAGUAUAGAGCAAAGUACAAUGAGUCUGUUGUUAAUGUCCUAAAGAACAACCUGCAGCAUGCGAUUUCACAGGGUGCCGACCAACUGAAGGAAGGAUUCAAAGACAGUGAAGUUGAUGAUGCCGAAUCAUGCAUUGACCCAAACAACUUUCUAAGCAUGCCAGGUGAAUCUUCAAAAUCAGGUUCUAGGAGUCAAAACAUGAUGUGCAGAGCAUGCAAGACAAAGGAAGUCUCAAUUUUGUUGAUGCCUUGUAGGCACUUUUGUUUAUGCCAAGAUUGUGAUGUUUUGGUCAGUGUGUGUCCUGUCUGCCAGUUGGUGAAAGAUGCCAGCCUCCCAGUGUAUUUGUCCUAAAUGAUAAACCAAAUUACUCAAUGAAAAUCUUUUGAAACUCUGAAUUAUAAAAAAGAUAAAAGAAUUUGGGUAA